UAAAGAUCUUUAGAACAUAAACAAAGCCGACUCACACUCAAAUUUGAUAUCUAAGUGCAUUUGACAUUUCUUCCGAUUUGUAAUUUAAACAAAAGUUUAAAAAAGUUGUAAUAUUUACAACAAAGAUGAGCUCUCAGCGUAACGUAGAUCUUAUCAGCGGGCAAUUUAUGUUUGUGAUAUUUGCCUAAUAGUUGGAACAAUAGUUGUUACCUGCGCACUGCACGCUUCCGAACUGAAGUCAAGUAUAAAAAGCUUCAAAUGUGCCCAGCACGUUGUUAGUCAGAACAGAGUUGCAAAACUAUUAACUUUGCAGUGCGAAAAAAAACACAGUUACUUAUUUCCAGCCUCACAUCGUUCGUCAGCAAUGAAGUGGUUAUCAUUGUUCUUCGUCUUUGGUUUGCUUGUCCUGAUCGGUAAUAUGGCUGCCAUAACCAAUGCAAAGCCUUAUCCUGAACCGCGUGGACGACCAGCCACCACCUCGCGUCGUCCGCCAACUACCGAUAAUAAUGAUGCCGCCGGUGAUCGACGCUAGCUGCCAGAGGAAUCGGGACUGGAGGAUGAGGAAGAGUUGGCAGUUAGUGCAGAGUAUUGGGAUCGUAGGGAGCGUUAUACGCCCAAACCUAUGAAAUGUUCAACACCGAUGAAAAAGGAUCGGCGUAAAAUUAUUGUACAAUGUUAUGGUGAAGAGAAAUUGCAAUAUGUUGAAAUUGUUUUUGUUUGAGUGAAAUUCUUAAUUGUUUUUAAAUUUGUAUUGAUAAA